UUACCCGGCAUGGAAGUGGUGGGUCUCUUGUGUGUGGCCGUGGCUGUCCUGACUUGGGGCUUCCUCCGGGUUUGGAACUCAGCGGAACGAAUGAGGUCUCCGGAGCAGGCGGGCCUACCGGGAGCCGGAAGCCGGGCCCUUGUAGUGAUCGCGCACCCGGACGAUGAAGCCAUGUUCUUUGCUCCCACGAUACUAGGCUUGGCACGCCUGAAGCAGCAGGUGUCCCUGCUCUGCUUCUCCUCAGGAAAUUACUACAAUCAAGGUGAGAUUCGAAAGAAAGAACUUCUGCAGAGCUGUGCUGUCUUGGGGAUUCCACCUUCCCGUGUAAUGAUUAUUGACAAGAGGGAGUUUCCAGAUGAUCCAGAAGUGCAGUGGGACACAGAGCAUGUGGCCAGCACCAUCCUCCAGCACAUACAUGCCAAUGCCACCGACUUGGUGGUGACUUUUGAUGCAGAAGGAGUCAGUGGUCACAGCAACCAUAUUGCCUUGUACAAAGCUGUGAGGGCCCUGCACUCAGGAGGGAAGCUGCCUGAAGGGUGCUCUGUACUUACUCUCCAGUCUGUGAACGUGCUUCGGAAGUAUGUCUUCCUCCUGGAUCUCCCCUGGACUCUACUGUCGCCCCAGGGUGUUCUCUUUGUGCUCACCAGCAAAGAAGUGGCACAGGCCAAGAAAGCCAUGUCCUGCCACCGCAGUCAGCUGCUCUGGUUCCGCCACCUCUACACCGUCUUCUCGAGAUACAUGAGCGUCAACUCGCUGCAGUUGCUCUGAGGCCUGAGAGCUGUCAGCUCCUCGGAGCAGGGGAGCAGCAGAGCAGGAAGUCCCCUGGCCAGACCUGGGCUGACUGACCUGCUUGACCAGGGAGACCCCAGCAAAGCAGCCUCCGCCUAACAGGAACCACAUGGACAAUGGGUCACCCCAACCCAGAAGGCUGCAAGUCCAGAACCAAGUUAUAUUGGGGUGUCCUUAGGUAAACACUUGAGAAUAUAGAAGCAGCUCCCUAGUUCCCAACAACCAAAAGGCUAAGGAGUCUUUCAGAUAGCACCUGAGGCCUACAGCUGAGACUCCUGGCUUUCCUGUGAUCUGCCUACCUGAUGUUCCCACUGUGUGCACGAGAAAUGCCCGUGUGUGACUUCAGUUGUCCUGCUGCUACAAAACCUCGUGGAACUGAGGUUUACACAUUGGAACAUGAAACUGGGUAACCUGAAUGUGUGUCCUGGGCACUGUCACAUACUUCACUCCAGGAUAAACUACCUCACAUCCUCUUUGAAGUGAGGACUGUUACUUUGUUGACAGUAUCCUUUGAGUUUUUUAUGAUAUACACAACAGUACAACCUAUGAAAAAUGUUUUCAAAUCCUAGACGUUAAAAAGAUGCAUAGACUUACAAUGA